AUGGCGGACUUCAAUCCCAAUCCCCCGCCUAAGCGCGGUCCUGCGGUCGUCGUUGGCGGUCAGAGACGCCGCUUGAUUCGUCGCUCGAAUCAGUUGCCUCGUUCGAAUACUACGCCUACGCUUAGCCCAGAGUCAGCGACUGCGAGCUUGGUGAGUAGUGCAAGUGGUGUGGCUACGGCCUUGGUUGCAGAUGCGGAUCGAGAUGAAGACCCAACUGGUGCAACUUCUCAAGAACCUUCUUCGACGAUGAACUUCUAUCCCCCGACGGCGGGUAUUCCGACUGAUUUUCGUCCGUCUCCCAAAUCUCGACCAUCCAACACCUCCUACACCAACAGCUCGGCUGCCGACUCGCCGACGCCGACGACGGGAAGCGAGAGCAAGAAAAAACAUGGUUUGUUCGAUAGCUUGAAAUCGAAAGACCAUGAUCGCCCCUCGAGCUCGCAUACGGCUCCCAUGCCCACCUCCCCGCUGCCUCCCGUCACGCCUUGCAAAGCCGCGCAAGUCCUGGGUAUUGGCCCUGAUACGCCUAGUGUUGGCAGUGCUCCCGCAAGCCACAGCCGAUAUGAUGGCAUCUAUGAUGGUCCACCGGUACGACCGGUGUUGCUGAAGAAGUCUUCUAUGCCCUUGCUGACCAGAAUCAAGGAUUCUGCCAUGAGCAGGCAAACCAAGUUUAGGGAGGAGGGUGUCGAGCCUGACCCGCCAAAGUCUAACAAGUUCUCCUGGGGAAGCGGCAACAAGAAAGCUAUGAAGAUGUUAGACCUCCUUCCGUCGCUGGGGUCCAGCUCAAAGCGUGCAAUGACCCAAAAGCACGCAGCGGCUUCACCUCCGCGUCAUUCAGAGGAAGAUACUAAGGAUGGCUAUAGCAGUGAUACCGAACUCCACGACCGCCGUCUCCUGGCCCAGCCAGUUCCGAGCCCAAUAUCCCAACGUCGUAUGCGCAAGAAAGGUCCGAAGUCGCUAGACAGAAUGUCACCCAUUACCGAGGCCUCGCACGACGAGCAUGGUACCGCGUACCGCAACAGCGAACAUGCCACUGAGCUAGAUGUUAUCUCUGAGUACGAGCAUGAUUAUCCCCCCUAUAGCGCGCCUAUACUGCCUCGGUCGCACCCUGAAUCCACGCUCACCACCAAGGUCAGGUACGAAUUGGAGGAUGAUGAUCUAUCCCCCUCAGAAGAGACCAUCGAGGAAAGAGCGGUGGACAAGGAAGAGCACAACAUGCACCCUGGCACGCAGGUCGAUAUGAACCGUGUCGUGAAUCGGCAACCUCCCGCAGUCGUACGCGCCCGAGGCCCUCUGCAGAAAGUCGAAGAUCAUCUUCUUGAUGCAGUCGAGAAGGACCUCGAGGCACGCAAGACUACACUGGAUAAGUUUGACGCGGACAGGCUCAAGCUAGAUAAGGAGACAGCUGCGUUGAAGGUGUCGCAUGAAAAGAUGAAAAAGGACUUCGAGGAGAUGAGGAAACGCAACGUCGUCCACGAUGAGCCGGGUCAUUCACAUCAGUGCAACCACCAUGACAUCGAAGACGAUGAGGACGAUGAAGAUCUAGUGUCGCUUCGCAGCAGCAUCGAUCUUGAUGAGGAGCCCACAGUGCACACUGCGACGGCGAUGACAUUCACUAGGAUCACUCCGGGCAUGGUCAAGCUUGUGGACAUUCCACCUAGGAAGAAGAAGAACCUCGAUACUCCAGUCACUCCCACUGCUAAGGUUCUGCCAACUGAGUCCAAGCCAACCUUCUACAAACACAAUGAGAACAGCCCUUUCAACGAGCGAAGCGAGAGAUCUGAGCCCAAGAUUGAUCUUGGACCCCUACAAGCCAGCAACUAUAGUCGCCUCACGAAAGCUAAGAAGGCAAAGAUGCCCCGCGACGAAUCCCGUAUGCUUGUCCAAGACUGGAUCACCAACUCACCUCGCCCCGCCGAACAGCGCCCUGUUUCUGAGCGCAUCGAUCUUGACGUUCUCGCCGACCAGCAAAUCCCACCCGCUCCCUUUCCGAAGGAGAUUCGCCCUACCCCUCCGCCCAAGCAGCCUUCGAAUCACAUCUGCCUUAAAAAUGGCCACAUUUUCCACCCCAUCAACUUGAAGCAGGUGCCUGAUGAAGUCGCCAUCAAUAGCCUGGGAGUUCGCCCGUACCUACAGACCCAUGUAGGUAUCAAGCAGCAUGUUCAGGUUCCAAUCUGCUGCGAGAAAUGCGGUGAAGACGUCCAGGAGGAGCUCUGGGAGUGUGAGAUCGCCGCCUGCCGCCUUGGAGUCUGCAAGGCCUGUGCAGAGGAUAUGAAGCAGGAGUGGCAGUGA